CAGCAGUGGCGCAUGAGCAGUCACAGCACUGCAGGCUUGUGAAGAGACGAGCAAGUAUAAACAACAUCGUCUGUGUGACCUGUGAAAGAUGCCGGACCAGCGAGCUUUAAAGAACCCCUAUCCGGACUACAAUGGGCCUGAGAGCACGCAAGCCAUGUUCGACAACCAAGGCAGAUUGACGGAGGCUUUCAUAGGUCGUAUAAGCAGCAAGAUCAGCGAGCUGCUGGCGGUGAUGGAAAACGGGCUGAAGAGCGCUGACCCGAGAGACUGUACCGGCUACACAGGCUGGUCAGGCAUUGCCUUGCUGUACCUGCACCUCCACACAGUCUACGGUGACUCAGCAUACCUCCAGAGGGCUCUCGACCACGUGAGCCGCAGCCUGAGGUGUUUGACCCACGGCCGGGUCACUUUCCUGUGCGGAGACGUCGGCCCGCUAGCCGUGGCUGCUGUAGUGUACCAUCGCCUGCAAAGGCCUCAAGAAGCAGAGGAGUGCAUCCAAAGGUUGCUGCAGCUACAUAGUUCGGUGGUGAAGAGUUCAGGCAGCCUCCCAAAUGAGCUGCUGUAUGGACGUGUGGGCUACCUGUACUCCCUCGUCUUCAUCAACCAGCAGUUCCAGCAUGAGAAGAUCCCCUUACAGUACAUUCAGCAGGUUUGUGAUGCAGUGUUGGGCUCAGGGCAGAAUCUGGCUCAGAGGAUGAGGAUUGAGGAACAUACCCCACUCAUGUACGAGUGGUAUCAGGAGCAGUAUGUGGGUGCUGCCCACGGACUGUCCGGCAUCUACUACUACCUUAUGCAGCCCGGUUUCGUGGCAGAUCAGGGCAGAGUGUUGGCACUCGUGAAGCCCAGCGUGGACUUUGUGUGCCGGCUGAAGUUUCCAUCUGGGAACUACCCCCCAUGUAUUGGAGAUGAGCGGGACUUGCUGGUGCACUGGUGCCACGGCUCUCCUGGAGUCAUCUACAUGCUGCUGCAGGCCUACAAGGUGUUCGGCGUGCAGCAGUAUCUGGAGGACGCUGUGCGCUGCGGAGAGGUGGUCUGGCAGAGGGGUCUGCUGAAGAAGGGCUACGGCCUCUGCCACGGAGCCGCAGGAAACGCCUACUGCUUUCUGUCCCUCUACAAGCUCACCCAUGAUCCCCGGCACCUCUACAGGGCCUGCGUGUUUGCAGACUGGUGCAUGAACUACGGGAAACAUGGCUGCCGGACUCCAGACACACCCUUCUCUCUCUUUGAAGGAAUGGCUGGAACCAUCUACUUCCUUGCUGACCUGUUGCAGCCGAUGGCCGCCAAGUUCCCAGCAUUCGAGGUGUAAAGAUUAUCUGCUAGAGGCCUAAAAAGAUGGCAUUAAAAAGAGCUUGUCAGCAACCGCCUGGAGCCUGAGUCUGAAGCUUAGCUUCCUCCAAGAUCUUUACAGUUACGCUCUAAUCGCUCUCCAUCCUCUCCAGUGUGAAUCUGCAUGCUUCCAGUCUGUCAAACGCAGUUCACGCAAACCGCACGUCUUACCAGAACCAUCAAUGUCGUGGACUAAAACAGGGAGUGGUAAGCUAACUCUGCACUUGUAGUUGGAAACCUUUGUAUUGAGAAGUUUAUUGCUUUACGAAUUGUUUUAAAUAAGUAACAAAAGUGUUAUUUUUGUAUUUGUAUGUCAUCUCAGCAUUUGCUUUUGAAAUCAGAGUGUAGAUUUAAAUCUUAUAGUCUUCGUAUGGUGAAGUUACUUUGGUUGAAAUUAGCAUAACUUUGCUUUGCACUAAAAUUGCCAAAGUGUUUACGUAGAUGCAUCUCUAUCUCUUGAUAAUAACUGAUCAUAAAUGAUUGUCACAGUAGUUUUUAAGUAGAAAUUAUUCCUGAUGUUCCUCUGUGAGACCUUUUUCUUCUUCUUCCAGUGCUGUUCAUUUUCACAUGCUCAGUAAUAAACAGUAAUGAGACAAGA